AUGGCGUCGCAACAAAUAGAACCUGCCCUCGACGGGACAGCGCCCCUCGGCGAUAACUCCGUCUACCACGAGGAGGAUGACAACGACCUCGACGACGUCUUCAAUUCUGCCGACGAGCUAGAUGAUGACUUACUAGACGACCCUUUUUCUGAUCUCACCAAGUCGUACAACCGCCAGCGCCUACUCCAUGGCGCCGCCCAGUCAGGCGCUCCAGUACCCGCUUCCAACGCCCAAAAGCCGAUAGCGAACACCUUUGCCAGUAUCGACGACCAAGUCGCCGAGCUGUCCAGACACGCCGCCAAGAUCCGUCUCGACAAUGUCAAACAGAAUCAGGAGCGUGAGAAGGACAAGGCCGACCGUGCCACCGCCGAGUUGGUGCUCGACCAGCGCACCCGCAUGAUCCUGCUGCAGAUGAUCAAUCGCGGCGUCGUCAGCGAGGUGCACGGCGCCAUAAGCACCGGCAAGGAAGCCAACGUCUACGGCGCCGUGCUGUACCCCGACAAUGGCGGCGAGCCGAUCCAGCGCGCUAUCAAAAUCUACAAGACAGCUAUUCUGGUCUUCAAGGAUCGAGAGCGAUACAUCACAGGCGAGCACCGCUUCAAAGGCGGUGUAGACAAGGGCAACAACCGUAAAAUGGUCAAGCUCUGGGCAGAGAAGGAGUUCCGCAACUUGCGCAGGUUACACGCCGCGGGCAUCGCCUGCCCCGAGCCGCUCAUGCUCAAGUUGCACGUGUUGGUCAUGGGCUUCCUGGGCGACAAGAGGGGCUAUGCCUAUCCACGGUUGCGGGAUGCUCGACUUACGGGUGAUGAUAUGGAUGACCAGUGGCGAAGUCUUUACAUCCAGCUCCUCGGUAUCAUGCGCCGUCUGUACCAAGUAUGCAGCCUGGUGCAUGCCGAUUUGAGCGAGUACAAUAUUCUCUACAACGACAAGAAGCUCUACAUCAUUGACGUCUCCCAGUCCGUCGAGCACGACCACCCCCGGGCUCUCGAGUUCCUGCGCAUGGAUAUCAAGAAUGUGGGCGACUUCUUCCGGCGCCAGGGCGUCGACAUCCUGCAAGACCGGACCAUCUUCAACUUCAUCACGGCGCCCGAGGGUCCUGUCGACGAGCCAGAACUGUCAAAGGCCAUCGAGCACCUGUACGAGAUCCGCCCGGCGGUUGCAGACACAGACGAGGCUGCCGCUGAGCUCGAAAUUGAUAACGAGGUUUUCCGCAACCAGUACAUCCCACAGACGUUGGACGAGGUGUACGACAUUGAGAAGGAGGCCGACAAGAAGGUGGAUAACCUGAUCUACAAGCACAUGCUGGCGGAUCAGGUCGUUGUCAAGAAGGAGGACGGCGAAGAAGAGGCCGAGGGCUCGGAUGAGGGCUCCGAUGACGGCGCUGCCUUGAGUGGUCACGAGAGCGGUGAGGACGAUGAGAGUCGGUUUGAGAAAGGCCGGCCAAGAGGCAAGAAGCAUGAAGACAAGGACGAAAAGAAGUUGCACAAGCAGGCCGUUAAAGAGGCGAAGCGCGAGAAGAGGAAGGAAAAGAUUCCCAAGGCGGUCAAGAAACGGCUGGUGGCAACCACGACAAGGAGGAAGAAAUAG